AUGUUAUGACCUUCAAUCUAACUCUUACAAACCACGUAUUGGAUUGUUACGAUUAAUUAUGCUCCUGUGAACGCACCACAGCAUUUUCCAUUCGUUUUUAUUGCUUUGUGUAGUAACCAGAAACUGGUGAUUUCCAAAUGUAUGAUUGUGGUAGGGUUUUGCUUAUUGAUUAUUCAGCCACACUUGGUGUAUGUAUCCCUAAACAGUUUUGGUGUGAUAGCCCAAGGUGCAAUAAUGUUUUAUUUUGUUACACUAUAUUGAAAAGCCAUGAUCCGAUUUGUUUUUAUUAACGUUAAAGUUAUUUAUAAUCACACAUUUUACAGCGCAUAAACGAAUGAUAAAAAGCGCAUUUAAAAUAAAAAUAUGCGUCCCCUCUACAAUAACUGUUUCAAUAACUUUUUACAGUAAUAUGUGCAUUAGAUAAAAUAUAUGGUGCAUGGGUUGUAACUUCAUCAAUAACAUGUAAAACCUUACAGAGAAUCUUCUGAAGAUGUCGCUAAAGCUUUGUGAACGGCGACGUGAGAGCAGGCAGGAGAAUGUACAGUAUGAGUGUUUGUGGUGGGGUUUAAGGGUUUCACAUUGUGCUGCCUAGACUGGAAACCACUGUACUGCAUUUGGACUUGACGUCUAACAACAACACAACGGCACAGACUAGAAGCAGACACAGUGACAACGCUAAUGAGUGGUUGUGCGCAUACUGGGGCCGUGGCGACAUCAGAGAGCCUGCCAUCAAGCUGAGCCAGCGGAGCCGCAACCUAGAGACACAGGACACAGACAAAAAGGAAGGCAAGCCGUUACCGAGAAAACACGAUUACAGCGGAAAAACAAGACAGAUGCAGACAUGUGUCCACUUUGAGGAAACCAACCUGACAGACAAGACGUUGGACUCCCGCAAGACUCCCCACACAGAACCCUAUUCACUCCGACAGGAAGUAGAAACUCUGUGAAAUCCACCACAGGAAGUUAGCGCGAGGGCUGAAGGAAGACAUCGGAGAGGACGGACAGGCGAACAGACGCACAUUCAAGAGAUGGUCACUGGGUCCCGGCCAUGGCUGUAGCCCCGUGGCUCGGAGGAUAGCGAGCGUGUACACCCUCCCCCCAUACCCCCGCCCUCCUCCCCCUUCCAGCCACCACCACCACCAUUAACUCCUAUGACUACAACCAACCCUCACUGAAACCUCCUGGACCUCCAGUCCCCCUGCCCCAUACACCCAACAUCUAGCCCAGACGCCAGCACCCAGAGGACUCCUCCCUCACUAGACCCAAACUCUGAAAUCAUCUGACCUCCAUCUCACUCACAUUCUCCCUCUCCUAUUGCCUUCACCUGCACCGGCAGACUGAGGUCAUCACAAAUACCAGCAAAAUAAGAGUCUUGUUAUGUUCGCGGGAAACUUGAGCGACCUGUUUGCAGGAUAGUAAAGCCACCUGUUCACGGGAAAGAGUCUUGCCUGCGGUACAGUAAAUUGUCUUGUUCGCAGGACAGUAAAGCGUCUUCUUCACUGGACAAUAAAGUGUCUUGUUCACAGGACAGUAAAUCGUCUUGCCUGCGGGACAGUAAAGUGUCUUGUUCACUGGACAGUUAAGCGUCUUGUUCACUGGACAGUAAAGUGUCUUGUUCACAGGACAGUAAAGCGCCUUGUUCACAGGACAGUAAUCAAGCCAGUAAACCGGCCAGCCACUGUGCAAGGUGACGGCCUGCCCAUUCUCACGUAUGGCCUGUUGACGAAGGAAGAUGGCAGUCGAACAUUUGCACGUUCCCGUUUUCGGCUCCUCCUCCUCCUCCUCCUCCUCCUCCUCCUCCUCCUGCUCCUGCUCGCCACGCCCAGCGACCUCGCCUCGCACCGGUUGAGAUCGGACGGUCGGACGGUCGGACGGUCGCCUGGCAUCCCUUCGUGGCUCGGGCAGCGGUGAGCGCAACGCUGGGAGGAGCAGCAUGCAGGAAACAGACUCGCCGGCCUCCAACGCCUUCAAAGAGUGCAAGUUCCAAUGCAGCAAUGGUAACUGUCUGCGCCUGGGCUCGCUGAUCUGCAACCAGCUCAACAACUGCGGAGACAACAGCGAUGAGGAGAACUGCCCGGUGGUCACCCAGCACCCCCCACCGGGCAUCUUCAGCUGUGAGUACCCCACCUACCCGUACCUGCAGCACCAGAUCGACCUGCCGCCCACCAUCUCGCUGUCGGACGGCGAGGAGCCGCCGCCGUACCAGGGGCCCUGCACGCUGCAGCUGCGCGACCCCCAGCUGCGCGACCCCGAGCAGCAGAUGGAGCUGAACCGCGAGUCUGUGCGGGCGCCGCCCAACCGCACCAUCUACGACAGUGACUUGAUCGACAUCGGGGGGGUGGGCGUGGCGGCGGCGGGUGGCGGCGGCGGCGGCGGCGGGGGGCCCGCGGCCGCCCAGCGCAACUCCGGCAUCAGCGCGGUGAACUCGUGCAGCCGCGGCCGCAUGGAGGGCCCGCCCCCCUACAGCGAGGUGGCGGGCCACUACCCCGGCACGGCGUUCUUUCUACACCAGCACAGCAAUAAGCAGAGGGCGGGCGGGGGGCCCGGCGGGGGGCCCGGGGCCAGCGCCAUCCAGCCGCAGAGCCGCAGCCGAACGGAAAGCACAACAGCACCUGCCAAGGCGAAGGACGGCCCCCCGGACGGCAUGGUGUAGGGACUACCAGGGUCGGGGGGGGGGGGGGGGCCGAGCUUUGGGGUCUGGGGGGAGGCACCUUCACCCCCCCCACCUUAAGCGGCUUGUCUCUCCCUCUCUUCCGACUUCCCCCUGUCUUUACAACCCCGACCGCCCCCC